AUGUCGCACGCUGUUUCACUACAACCUGUUCCCGAAUUUAAUCCCGAUAGCGGAGAGGUUGGCGCAAGUAUCGCGAUUUCGUGGAAAAAAUGGAUUUCUGAUUUUGAAAUGUUUACUGUUGCUGCAGGCAUCGCCGAUAACACUCGUAAACGAGCGCUGUUGUUAUACCAAGCUGGCCCCCGAGUAAGAGAGAUUUUUGAUCAGCUCGAAAACACCGGUGAAGCAAGUGCCUACGAUACAGCCAAAGAUAAACUUACAGCCUAUUUUGAACCGCAGAAAAAUCGCCGAUAUGACGUGUACUGUUUUCGAAAGGCACAUCAAGAGCCUACUGAAACAUUGGACCAAUAUCACACUAGGUUGCGAACACUGGCUUUACCUUGUGAGUUUGGUGACAAUCUAAAAUUUGAGCUGGAACAGCAAAUUAUCAUUGGGGGAACUUCCUCUCGCCUUAGGAAGCAGGCCCUGCGAGACCCCACAUACGACUUGAAAGCCAUGCUGAUCGAUGGGAGAAGGGAUGAAAUAAGUCGAUUUCAGUCGAAAGAAAUUGAAUCUCAGAAAAUCGAGCCUCUUUCAGCCGAAACAAAGCAAGUUGUGGCAAAAACGACCCACAAAUGUCGAAACUGUGGACGGGCAUCUCACCCCCAAGACACUGUUUGCCCCGCAAAAGGGAAGGCAUGCCGAAAAUGUGGAAAACCAAACCACUUUGCUAUAGUGUGUCGUUCUAGUGCAAAAAGCCAGCAAAAUUCCUCGACAAGACACAGACAAAGAAAGGGAAACAAAACUGUGCACCCACUUAAUCAUUCUGAGUCUGAGUCGGAUGAUGGAUACUUGUAUGCCGUAAACAAAAGAAGCAAGGCUAGGCCCUACGCAAGAGCAACAGUCCUUGGAUAUACCUUUGACGCCAUGAUCGAUACCGGAGCGUCCAUUAACGUCAUAGACAAGGCUACAUUUGCAAAAUUACCAGAAAUCAAGCUGGAAAAUACGAAAACCCGUGCCUUUGCUUAUAAUACUGAACAACCCGUUAAAUUUAUAGGCAAAUUCAAUGCGGUAGUGGAAACAAAGAAGCGGUAUGCAGUCGCGACGUUCUACGUUGUCAAUAACAACAAGUCGGGUAAUCUCAUUAGUGGAGAUACAGCACAAGAAUUAGGUCUUGUUACGCUCCAUUUAAAUAAAGUGUCAACAAAUAAAACGCCUUCAUCACCCGUGACUGAUGAUGGAAAGCUGAAUAAACUUCUUGCAAAGCAUUCUUCUGUGUUCGAAGGAUUAGGAAAAUUGAAAGGCGCCAUUGUAAAGCUGAACAUUGAUGAAAACGUUGUUCCAGUUGCGGAGCCGCAGAGGCGCAUUCCGUUCCAUAUUCGUGAAAAAGUCAAGCGUGCCAUUGGAAAGCUGGAGAAGGAUGACAUAAUCGAAAGGGUUCCAGAAACCCAACCUACGCCAUGGAUUAGCCCGAUAGUUGCAGUACCAAAGAAAGGUGAUGACGUACGCAUAUGUGUAGAUAUGAGAAAGCCAAAUCAAGCAAUCAAGAGAACCAGGCAUCUCAUUCCUACAGUCGAUGAUAUUAAUCUGAAGUUAACUGGAGCAACAGUGUUUUCAAAACUGGACAUGUCUCAGGCAUAUCAUCAGCUCCAAUUGCACGAAAGCAGUCGCUACAUUACAACAUUUAGCACACAUGUAGGCCUGUUUCGUUACAAAAGACUAAACUAUGGAACAAACGCAGCUGCAGAGAUUUUCCAAAAUGCCUUGCAAACGGCCUUACAAGGAAUUAAAGGAGUUUGCAAUAUAGCAGAUGACAUUAUUGUCUUUGGAGUAGACCGUCAAGAUCAUGAUAGAGCACUUAAUGACUGCCUGCAGAAACUAUCAGAUAAAGGUCUCACUCUGAAUGCAACUAAAUGCAAGUUUUUAUCGAAAUCAUUGUCCUUCUUUGGACAGAUUUUUUCAGCUGUUGGUACAAGACCAGAUCCAAAGCAUAUUCAAGACUUGCAAGAUGUACAAGUACCAACCAACGUGCAUGAAGUGCGAAGUUUUCUAGGAAUGGCGAACUACAAUUGUAAAUAUAUUCAAGACUACGCAACUACCAGUGCUCCACUUAGAGAACUAACAAAGAAAAAUUCACAUUUUCAGUGGAAAGCUGAACACCAAAAGGCGUUUGAAAAGUUAAAGAAUGCUCUGACAUCAGUUCCAGUAAUGGCCUAUUUCGAUACCACAAAGGACACUAUAAUUACUGUAGAUGCCAGUCCUGUUGGCAUAUCAGCUAUUCUUGCUCAGAAAGAUUCAGCAAGUGAUGAUUGUCGUAUUGUUGCAUAUGCAAGCCGAGCAUUAUCUUCUGUGGAAAAAAGAUAUUCACAAACUGAGAAAGAGGCAUUGAGCAUCGUCUGGGCGGUAGAGCAUUUUCAUUUGUUUAUUUAUGGAAAGCCAUUUCAUCUGAUCACAGAUCACAAACCAUUAGAAAUCAUAUAUGGCAGCCCUAAAUCAAAGCCAUCUGCUCGCAUUGAACGAUGGGUCUUGCGCCUUCAGCCUUACAGAUUUACAGUGCAGUAUAAGCCAGGUGUAGACAAUCCUGCAGACUACCUUUCCCGCCAUCCAACAAAAGAAAGUACAUACAAACAAGAGAAGAUGACGGAACCCUACAUCGCCAUGUUGACCAAUGCAGCAGUUCCGAAAACGAUGACAAUUACAGAGAUAAAAAGCGCUACUGACAGUGAUAGGACUCUGCAAGCUCUACGUGCUGCUAUCAGACUAAACCGAUGGGACUGUGAUGCAAUCAAGUCAUUUAAAGCGAUAAAAGAUGAGCUCACCAUCGGAGCUUAUAACAUAGUUUUGCGUGGAACCAGAAUUGUCAUUCCAGAAUCACUUCAAAAGAAAGCAAUAGACCUUGCACAUACCACUCAUCAAGGCCUAUCCAAGACCAAAUCAUUUCUCCGAGAAAAAGUUUGGUUUCCAGAUAUUGAUAAGCUGGUAAAAGAAACAAUCGAUCAUUGUGUACCUUGUCAAGCUACUGGAAGACCAAACCCACCAGAGCCUUUACAGAUGACUGAAAUGCCGCAAGGACCAUGGCAGAAACUUCAUGUAGAUUUCUACGGACCAUUGCCAUCUGGAGAGUAUUUGCUUGUUGUUGUAGACAGAUACUCGCGAUAUCCUGAAGUAGAAAUUGUGCGAUCCACAAAAGCUUCAACCGUUAUACCAAAGCUGGACAAGAUCUUCGCUACUCAUGGUAUACCAGAAACACUCACAUCUGACAACGGCCCACCCUUUAAUGGUGAAGAGUACCAGCGAUACCUCACUGCCCUUGGCAUAAACAAAAAUCAUUCUACUCCGAAAUGGCCUCAGGGGAAUGCGGAGGUGGAAAGAUUUAAUCAGCCACUUGGAAAAGCAUUGAAAGCUGCUACAAUUGAAGGAAAGGUGUGGCAGCAAGAAAUAAAUCGUUUUUUGUUGCAAUACCGCACCACACCACACAGUACAACAAAGGUACCUCCUGCAGAGCUGCUGUACAACAGAACAGUUCAAGGAAUAUUACCUUCGCUGAAAAAACACAACGUUAUUAAUAGACACAAAGAAGCAAAGAAGAAUGAACUUUCAAGUCAAGCAUACAACAAACUUUACGCAGACAAAAAGCGAAGAGUAAAACCAAGCGACUUGAAAAUUGGAGACCAUGUACUUGUGAAACAAGACCGACGCAAUAAACUGACACCAACAUACAAUGAGACUCCAUACGUUGUAAACUGCCAGAACAAAUUCACGUUUAACAGCUAA